AUGGUAAUCGAUAGCCGAUUACUUAGGGAGCCCUGGUUGAAAAUCGUGAAACCAGUGAAUGCCUUCUUAAUGUGGAUAAAUUCCGCCGGGCGCAAGUACAUAAGAGCGAUGCAUCCCGGGAUCAGUCCCCAGGAAGUGUUUGUGAAGGGCAGUGAGAUGUGGGGAGCCAUGGUCGAUGAGGAGAAGUUCGUGUGGCAGGAGGCGGCACGCACGGUAAUGGCCGAUUACAAGAAGAAAUUGGAGAAGUGGAAUACACACAAAGAGCAGUCGGAGAAAACUACCCAAACGGAUGAGACGGUGGAUCGAUCAUAACCGGCUGCAGGAGAGGAUCUCGAGUGGAACCAGUGCUGCCAUGGAUGACAACCAGGGGCGCGAUGAAGAACUCACACCAAAAAGCACCCAACCACUAAAGAGGGUAAAUGCUGAGCCGCAAGGGCAAACUAAUUGAUGGAGGAAAAUUUGAAAUGUAAACCUUUAAUAAAUUGAACUAAAAUCAAAUAAAACCAACUUAAGGGAAUAUAAUUACACAUUA